UAUCAGGUUUCACCAGGAAGAAGCUCAAAACAAUGUCAGAGCGCCUGUGACUUGCAUUGUGCAUGUGAUUUCAUAUAUCAAAAGAAUUGAGAUUUGCUUCCAUUCCCUGCAGCUGCUGAGCUCCCAUCAGCCAUGGGAGGGUACACAGGCCAGAGCGAGCUAUCUGUCUCCCAGGGUGUCCGGAUGAUGUUCUAUGUCUUACAUCCAAAUGAAACCUCCUUUAAAACUAUAGAGGAAGUGCCAGAUUACGUGGAUAAGGCGACUGUUUAUUUUAUCGUUAUGCUGGUGCUGGAGAUGAUAACAAGCUGGGCUUGGAAGGGUCGACCACUCCGAAUUAAUGAUGGACUGACGUCCCUUUCGGCAGGAGUUAUGUCUCGUCUGCCAGAUGUUGCCUUCAGAGGUGUUGAAGUGACCACAUACGUCUACAUAUGGAACCAAUACAGAAUUACAGAGUUGCCUUGGGAUUCUUCUUGGACUUGGUGGUUAACUUUCCUUGGGGUGGACUUUGCAUAUUACUGGUUCCACAGAAUGGCUCAUGAAGUUAACAUCAUUUGGGCCGGUCAUCAAACACACCACAGCUCGGAGGAUUACAACUUAACUACAGCUCUACGGCAGUCCUUCCUGCAAAAAUAUUUUUCUUGGAUGUUCUAUUGGCCAAUGGCUUUUUUCAUCCCUCCAUCUGUGUUUGCUGUCCAUCUGCAGUUUAAUCUCCUGUACCAAUUCUGGAUCCACACCGAGCUCAUAAACAAUCUGGGUCCGCUGGAACUGAUCCUCAACACACCAAGUCAUCAUCGAGUCCAUCAUGGUAGAAAUCCAUACUGCAUAGAUUCUAAUUAUGGUGGCACGCUGAUCAUCUGGGACAGGAUAUUUGGAACUUUUGUGCCGGAAAAAGAGAAAGUUGUGUACGGUCUGACCCACCCGAUCAAUACCUUUGAACCAUUUAACGUCCAGCUGCAGCAUUGUGUCUACAUUUGGAAUACAUUUUGGAGUACCCCAGGUUUCUCCAACAAACUAUCUGUAAUAUUUAAAGGACCAGGGUGGGGACCUGGAAAACCUCGGCUUGGGCUUUCAGAAGAACUUCCAAAGGUUACUGGAGAUGAGGAACCCUAUGACUCAAGACUCUCAAAAUCCAUGCAGAUAUAUUCAAUCAUUCACUUUAUUCUCCUACUUGCUGUGUAUCAGCACAUGUUUGAAGCUAAACUUGUGUUAACGCAGAUGACGCUUCUUUUGAGGAUCCUGUACAUUCUCCUGACUUUAACAUCACUGGGAUUUCUCCUGGAGAAUAAACCUGGUGCAGCCAUUUUGGAAUCCAUCCGAUGCUCUGUCUUCUUGUUCCUUCAAAACUUUGGCUAUUUAACGACAGAUAUUCCCAAAUUGACAAAUAUAUGCGAGGUCAUAUUUUCCCUCUGUACUGUUCUUUGGGGACUACAAGCCAUAAAACAAUUCAUCACCAAGAAACCACAGAAGCAGGAGUGAAGCUUCAAAUCAUCCUCAAAGAGAAGAAAUAUGACCUAUCAUGUUACAUUGUUUUGAGAAAAAGUGAUAAAUAAGAAUAUUCAUUGCAACAACAUGACCCAAAAAGUGAUGACAUUUGUAAAUAAUUCUAUAAUAAACAUAUACUGUAAUUUUC